CAGGCUGUCAGAUAGAGAGGGAGCGUGGGAAAUAUCACAUCAUACACCUGGGAUACUCUGUAUUUCAGAUCAGUUUACUGACGGUUAACUCGUAGUUUAUUUAUUACUAAAAAAAACCCAAACUGUCUACAUAGAUAGGUCCUUUCAUAAGCACUUAAUAUUGUUUACCAAAGAAAUGGUGAUGGAGAAGCCAAGUCCCCUGCUUGUAGGGCGGGAGUUUGUGAGGCAGUAUUACACACUCUUAAACAAGGCACCAGAUUUCCUGCACAGGUUUUAUGGGAGGAAUUCUUCCUAUGUUCAUGGGGGACUCGACCCAAGUGGCAAGCUGGCAGAAGCAGUGUAUGGGCAAGCGGAAAUCCACAAGAAGGUCAUGUCUCUGCAGUUUAGUGAAUGCCACACAAAGAUCAGGCAUGUGGAUGCCCACGCCACACUAAGUGAUGGAGUGGUGGUGCAAGUCCUGGGAGAACUGUCUAACAAUGGUCAGCCCAUGAGGAAGUUCAUGCAGACUUUUGUGCUUGCUCCAGAGGGUUCAGUGGCAAACAAGUUCUACGUCCACAAUGACAUCUUCCGUUACGAGGACGAGGUUUUUGGGGACUCUGAAGCUGAGCUUGAUGAGGAAUCAGAGGAGGAAGUUGAAGAGGAGCCAGAAGAGAGGCAGCAGUCCCCCGAGCCGCUUCAAGAAAGCCCCAACAGCACCACCUACUAUGAACCUCACCCCGUUACUAAUGGAGUAGAGGAGCCCAUGGAGGAGCCAGCUCCAGAACCCGAGCCAGAGCCUGAACCAGAGCCCAAAGUUGAGGAGAUCAAGCCUGAAGUAGAUGAGAAGGUUCUGGAAGAGAUGGAGGAGAAAGCCCCUUCACCAGUCCCCGUGGAGUCCCCACCAAAUACCCAGGAGCCUCCCAAGGCUUUCUCCUGGGCCUCAGUGACCAGUAAAAACCUGCCUCCCUCUGGUACAGUCACCUCCUCUGGAAUGUCUCCACAUGUUGUUAAAGCUCCAAGCUCACAGCCCAGAGUUGAAGCCAAGCCGGAGACACAGACAGCACCCAUCCGACCCCGAGACCAGCGCACACGUGACAGACCGACCUUCACUCAGCGGGGCCCCCGACCUGAUGGUGUUGCAUCUUCGGAGUCACAAACGGGAAAACCACACUUAAGUUUUGUUAACAAAGCAGGUGGCAGAGGCGAUGCUGAAUCUGGUGACAUGGACAGCAGGCGGAUUGUCCGCUACCCAGACAGCCAUCAGCUUUUUGUCGGCAACCUCCCACAUGACAUCGAUGAGAGCGAGCUCAAAGAUUUCUUCAUGACAUACGGAAAUGUAGUUGAGCUGCGGAUCAACACCAAGGGUGUCGGUGGGAAGCUUCCCAACUUUGGAUUUGUGGUCUUUGAUGACUCUGAUCCAGUGCAGAGAAUCCUGGGGGCCAAGGUAGAAGGGCCCAUCAUGUUCAGAGGUGAAGUGCGUCUGAAUGUGGAGGAGAAGAAAACGAGGGCGGUGCGCGAGCGAGAGACCCGUGGCGGAGGAGACGAACGUCGGGACAUGAGGCGCAACGACCGGGGUCCUGGAGGUUCAAGGGGCAUCGUGGGAAGCGGAAUGAUGCGUGAACGCGACGGGAGGGGACCACCACCCCGGAGCGGCAUGGCCCCUAAGCCUGGCAUGGGCUCUGGAAGGGGCUCUGGCGGCCAGGGUGAAGGUCGCUUCACAACCCAGCGCCGCUGAGAAGAGCACCACCUGCAGUGUGGAAGUAGUACCGUGUUCUUCAUCUUCAACCGUUCUCGUUAACGAAAAGAAAUCUUCAUGUAUAAACGUAUAUAUUUGUUUUUGUUUUGUUUUUUUUUUCGUUUUUUUUUUUUUAUUUUAAUUUUUUUUGUUCCCUCUUUGCUUUGGAAUGUGACACAGCCUGUCAACCAUUUGUUUGUGAAAUAGACAAAACAAAAAAUAAGCAAACAAAAAAAUUCGCUUAUUAGUUGUGAGCUGAGCGUCCUUUUUUUGGGGGGUAUCUCAAGAAUUCACAAACUUUAAUUUGUAAAUUCGUGAAAAAAGGCAAACCAACCAGGAGUAAUCUGCCACAUUAGGAGGGACUGAUAAAGACUUGUAACUACGAUAAUACAGCCCAUCAUUUGGAAAAGAGAUUAUAUGCCUUGACUUAACUGGGGCGCUGCUUCACGAAAAUCCCUCUAUUGCACAUUUUAUAUGGUAGUUUUCUGCCCGUUACUGUUGGAAAAGAGUGAGAUGCAAAAAUUUGUGCAGUUCCAGGGGAAAAGCUUGCCUUUUACUUUUUUCCUUUUUUUUGAGAGACCACUGCUUCAAAAUUGCAUAAUGCACUCAUCAAUAUGCACUAAUGGGUACUUUUGUCGUGUUACAUUGACAACCAUGCUCGGAACGCAGCUGGAGAGACCUGUUUGUCUCAAAGCGAUACGACUUAACGGGGCAGGCCUCGCUCACAGCGCCUGUCUGCUGUGACCAAUGUACUUUUCACAUUUCUGACCCAAAACUACGCUUCAAUUACUGCUGGAUGGACAAGAUGACAAGCAAAUCUACAUUAUAUUUUUUCCUCAUUUAUAAAAAAGAAAAAAGCUCAAAUCCUUGACUUUUCACCAAACGAGUGGGGGGACAAAGGAUAAAACAAGAAACAAAAGCUGAAUAGAAGAGUGGUGGUAAUGAUGGCGGCUCGCUCCAUUUUUCUUUUGAUUCCAAGUUUUGUUUUUUGUUUUUUGUUUUUGUUUUGUUUUUUUUUCCUCUCUCUCUGUUUUUUCCCUGCCAGCUAAACCGCAAAACUGGGAUGGACGACAUCUCCCUCCCUCUUCCCUCCCUUUCUGUCUUAAGUGCGGAGUAACAGAAUAAAUGUACAGCAAAAAUCAGUUUACUGUAUGUUUUUUUGUUUUUCUGCGUAAUAAUUUUUUCAUUUCUCUUUCGACUUGAUAAAAGCAUGAUGGUGCCUUCUAUUUCACCUUUUCCAGUCUUACUAAGAAAAGAAUAAAAAUAAAACAAAGCGUUGCAGUUUGAGGCUCGCUGCCUCCUAAUGUGGAGCUGCUCAUUUUGAACUAUUGUCUACUGGGAGCAGAUUUAAGAAAAAAAAAAAGAAAAAAACUUGCAGUAUUCACAAUAUUAAAGGUUUUGGGGUUUUUUUUUUCUUUUUCUGGUGCAUAUUUUGAUUUUUCCAUACUGUUUUACUACCUAAGAUGAUCUGCUGUGAGUUUUGUACAUUUGUUUUUGUAUUGUGUCUGUUCUGGGUUUUGUAGAGACAAUAGGUGCCUCGAGUUCUGUUUGAUGUUAAAUGGUUUAAGAGGUGCACAUGAAGAACUACUCCCCAAAAAAAAAAAAAAAAAAAGACAAAAGGUACAUUAAAGAUGGUUACAGUGACAUGCUUUGUCCUUGGUUUUAACGAGUCAUAGCUCUACACGAGAAUGAUUUCAGUGAACUGAGGUUUGGGAAGAGGAAAUUGUCUCAAUGUUUCAGACACUGUUUGAUCCUUACUUUAAGUCUGACGGUAGUUUUUUGCAACUCAUGGCAGCACUCGGGUUAAUUCCUGGACUCACAAGUUGUCAGACUGUUCUUUUUUCAGCAACAAUUUUGUAAUCUGUGUGGGUGGGCUGGCCAUAGUUCCAGCCCACAGACUAGCAAAUAAUUGUGCUCACUUUUUCUAGCCGUUUAUGCAUUUGUAUUUUCAUAAUGCUGAUUAUUCAUUGUGCUUAUUAUAUUCAUUUAUUUUUUACAGUCAGUGUGAAUGCCAUACCGGUAGGCUUUUAUUUCCUUUUCUUUCUUUCUUUAUCUUCUUUUUACCACUCGGUAGGGAGGGAAGAUCUUGGUUUCAGCUGGGAAGGAAAACAUGACACAACAUGAGAUGUUUUAUCUGUUAUUUUUUGUUAUCUUGCACUGAAAUGGGAAGUGAAAAAUUGAUGUAGCAUUUUUCUGGACAAACAUGCUAAUGAGGUCUUCCUUGUCUGGUGGUAUUGCACUAUUUCCAACAUUUCUGGGACAAUCUUGUCAGUUUGAACACAACCUCUCCAAAUUUUUUCAUCUGGCAUUAAACAAACAGCCUGAUUUAAUGCACAUUUAAUGUAGUUUUCCCUCAGUAAAGCUCGGCUACACUUCCUUUUUAUAGCUGAGAUAAGAACUAUUUUCACAUCGUUUUUGAGAAAUAUCAGUUUUUGUCCUUAUAUUACAGAAACUUUUCAGGUCCUAGAGUGUAUUUUAACAGUUCUCACGGGUGCCUAAACCCCCGAAUGUUUAUUUUGUCAGGUAAAUUGCAUAACACGGGCACUUGACUGCAAUCAUACUUUUACAGCAGAGGUCGAUGAAGAGAAUGGUGAAGAAGAGCCAUCAUGCUUUCAGACCAAUCUGUGCUUUUAACAUCUCAGUGGUGGUUUAAACAAAAAAAAAAGAAAAGAAAAAUGUCUGAGCGUUUAUCAAUUUUACGGUUGGAUCUUUUUCACUGAGGUCUUCAAGGACCUGCCUGCCCUUUUCCAAACUUUUAGCGGAUCCCCAAGCUGUAACUGUAAACUUUCCUGUGGUUGAAAUGCAGUAGAGUGGAUCCACAUUGUGAAUCAUUCCAGUCCUUUUUGAGUGGAAAUAGAAGAACCUUCUUUGGCUUUAGCAGGUGUGGUAAACAGUUGGCUGCCAUCUUAAUUUACUGUGUUUACCCUUUUUACUUGUUGCUAGUACAAAACUGUUGCAGGUGGAAAAUCUUUUUUUUUUUUUUGGUUUUUAUUUUAUUUUAUUUUUUGUUUUGUUUUCUUUCCUUUCCAUUUUGAAUGUGUUGGAUUUAACAUACAAUAAACUACUGAUAUCAGCACCACUCAUA